UUUGAAUGCUAGAAUCGUUGAGCAUUUAGUUAACAAUUAAGACUUAACAUGUUGACAACUCUUGGUAUGAAUGGAAUCAACAAUAAUAAUAAUAAUGUUCUGUUAAAUUCUGACCAAUUUGCUGUUUAUGGUGAAAAUAUAUCAGUAAAUCUCGGUUCACUUUCGAGGCCUAAUUUUGUGCUUAAUAAAUUGUUCAUCUCAAUACCAAAAGGAUGUAUUUAUGGAUUGAUUGGUCCAUCAGGUUGUGGUAAGACCACUUUACAACGGACGAUAAUUGGCCUGAGAAAACCUGAUUAUGGUUCGUUAAAAGUGUUUAAUCAAAUUCCUAACUCGAAAGGAUCAAAUAUUCCUGGUCCUUUGAUUGGUUAUAUGCCUCAAGAAAUUGCUCUUGAUGAUGAGUUAACUGUGAGUGAACAAUUAACUUUCUUGGGUCGAUUAGCUGGUCUAUCAAAUGAAACAAUUAAGUCUAAGUGUUGUGAAAUAUUAUCCAUCAUGUCCAUUGCCGAUCCAUCAAAAAAGUCAACACAAUUUUCGACUGGACAACGAAGACGAAUCUCGUUGGCCUGUUCGUUGAUUCAUUCACCUGAAUUGUUACUUCUUGACGAACCAACUGUAGGUUCGGACAUUGUUCUAGUCCAUAAAAUUUGGACUUACCUUCGAAAAUUGAAUGAAACUGUUGGUACAACAAUAGUGAUUACAACUCAUUAUCUUGAAGAGGUAACUCGGACUGAUUAUUUCGGUUUCAUGGCGAACGGGGAAAUUAAGUUCCAAGGGAAACCAAAAGAUUUCAUGAGGUCAGUUGGUGCUGUUACUUUUGAAGAAGCGAUUCUUAUAAAAUAUAAUUCACUUAACAAUGAUAAAAAGAUGUUAACAAAAGAUGAACUAACUAAUGGAAACCAAUUAAAUCAAAUUGAACAACGACAAUCAACAUCAACCGAAUCUUCAUCGGUUUUCAAACCAAAAAUCAGUAGAUUUUAUUCACUUACUCUGUUACUUUGGAGAUAUUUGCUUCGUUGGAAAGCGACUUUACUAUAUCCUUACCUACUAUUGUGUAUCUCAUCUGUGUUUAUCGGUUACUUUAUGACCAACUUUUUUGGCCGUCCAAUGGUUGACCUCACAGUAGCUUAUGUAAACUUAGCUAAUUCAUCAGUAUACAUUUCUAAACUCAAUGAAUAUCUCGUCAGUCGUGAUAUUAAUUUGGUUAAUGUACCCGAUGAGAUUAUUGGACGGAAAAUGGUUGAAAACGGUCAAGCUGCGGCUUAUUUUAUUGUCCCGCAAGAGUUUGAUCUCGGUCUUGAAACUCGAGUCGCUUCCGCUCUCAGUACAAACGCAGAUGAAGCUCUUCAACUCGCUGGACGAAUCACAAUGUAUCAGGAUAAAUCGCACAUAAUCAUCUCUGAGACAAUUGUGAAAGAGCUCUAUGAAGCCUUGAUCGAUAUUAUGGAUUCAAUUGUCUCAUCGAAAGGUCUAAUUGGAAAUCGACUUGAGUACUUCAGCAUUCAAGGUGUAAUUGAACGAACUGAUGACCCAGAAUUGUUCGUGUCUAUGCCUUUGUUUCUCAUCCGUUUAUUGACCUUCUUUGUCGAAUCUUAUUCCAUGAUGAUGUUUACUUAUUGGGUUACUAAAGAAUCACAUGAACCAAUGAAUGAGCGGCUCUCAUCUUUGGGAAUUACGAACUACCAUCUAAAAGGCACCGCUACACUUUUAGCGACUUUUGCCUUGUCUCUAGCCUAUUUCGGAAUGUUUGCAGUUUUCAUUCCACUUUUUGAUAUUCCAAAUAAAGGUCAUCUAGUGCUCAUCGUUCCGAUAAUUGUUGGUUGUGUCCUUUGUGGAAUUUUCAAGGCCAUAUUACUUGGGUCAUUGAUCGAAUCCGAUGUGACCUGUUUCAUUCUCAACCUCUUUUACUCGGGAGUUACGUGGGCCUAUGGUUGUAUUGCUUGGCCUUACGAGUCAGUCUAUUAUUUCAUUCAACCCUUGACCUACUUGUUCCCUAACCAUGUUUCAUCUGAGGCUGUGAUCAGAAUAAUAGUCUAUGGUGACAUCAUCCACCCGAAAGUUAUCAAAGGCUAUUUGUUCAUAUCGGUAAUGGUUCUCGUUCAUUUAAUUCUGGUUCUACUAACAAAUCGUAAUAAAUAAAGUCUAAUUAAUCGUCACUUCUUA